AUGGAGCUUACCAAAUCACAAUUAAAGGUGGUCAAUCAUUCGUAUGAUCCUAAAACAGUAUUGUCUGUACAGGCUGGACCAGGUACAGGUAAGACAUUAACCUUGAUCCACCGUGUGAAAAAAUUGCUCGAAGAUGGUAUGGAUCCAAAGGAAAUCGUGGUAUUAUCUAUGACAAAUAGAACUGUCAAAUCAUUUAGGCAAGCAUUAGCAGGGUUAAUUGGAGAGGAAGCUGAACAAAUUCGAAUUCAAACAUUCCAUUCAUUUGCUAAUUCAUUAAUUGAGAACUAUUCUGGUGAUUAUUUCCCUGAUAAAGGUGCACAAAUUUUAGUUAAUGAUACAAGUUUCAGAGGAUAUACUAAUCUUUUCAUGGAUAUUAAAAGUAAAAGACCUCGUGCAUUUGAAAAGGCCAUCCUAGCUGUAAAGUCAGGUGAAGAUAUAGAUGAAAUGUCAAAGAAAUUUAAGGUUGACAAGAAUGAUUUGGAAGAUACCAUUAGAAGAUUUCAUGAAAAUGGGAUCUUAACAUAUCAUGAUUUCAUAUCUAGUGCAAUCGAAUUGAUUGAUGUGUCACAAGGAGAAAUAGUUAAAGAUGUUCUGGUAUUUAUUGUUGACGAAUUUCAAGAUAUGCAGCCUGAAUUAGUGAAAUUUAUUGAGAAGUUGAUCGAAUUUGAUGGGAAACAUAUCACCUUAGCCGGAGAUCGUAAUCAAUGUAUUUAUGGAUUCCUUGGAUCAUACCCUGAGAUAACCCGAAAUUUCAUUAAAAGAUUGAAAUGGAAAUAUGAUGAGAUCUUUUUGAAAGAAUCGUUUCGUCUUACACCAGAGAAUAUGGUAAUUGCCAAUUCGUUAAUGUCAGAAGAUACCCAUUUGAUUUCCAUGAAGGAGUCAUCUGCAGAACCUUUGAUUGUAGAUAUUGAAUCUCCUCAAACGGAAUAUAAUUUUAUUGCUCGUGAAAUCUAUAGAUUGAUUUUACAACUGGGUGGAUUGUUAAAAUUUUCUGAUUUUAUUGUACUUGCCAGGUCCAAUAAAGAAGUUGAAACCAUAGCUAACUUUGUGACAUCUGAAUACGGAUAUAAUGUCAAUAGAUUUACCCUGGGAAAUGACUGGAUCAACUCAAAAGUUCAUAUAUUUUUGGAUAUUUUAGAUGUAUUACGGAAAAGCAAAGGGUCUGAUAUGGCUUUCUUAUUCAUACUUCAAAAUUUGGGGAUUCUGAAAAUAUUCUUGAGAAAGUUAUACGAGAAGUAUGAGGUAUGGGAUUCUCAUAAACAAAUUCGAUUUGAGGAUUUUUUAAAAUUACCAAAAGUAAAGGAUUUAUUCAAUACUGACCGUCGUCUAAAGAGCAAAUCAAUUAUUGAUAAUUUUAUUGGAAUAAUUGCAGAAGAACGUCAAAUAUUUACUAAUCCAGUCGAGGUGAUGAUAUCAUUAUCCAGAAUCAUCAAUGAAACCAGUCUAAUUAAUUACUUGAACAAAACAGACGAUACCAAAGAUAAAGAGUCGUCAUUUGGGUUGGCGGACAAUCUUGAAGGUUUCCACAGGUCAUUAAAAGCAUCUUAUUUGAAAAAUCCAUCCUUAGAAUAUUUCUUGCGUAAUUAUCAAGAUGAGGAGCCGAGAUUAGAUGAUAAUGCUAUUAAUAUAUCCACAAUUCAUAAAGCUAAGGGGUUGGAAUUCCCUGUGGUGUUUCUUACAAAAAGUCGAUUACAAUUUGCUAAAACUGAAGAGGAGAAGAGAUUGUUAUACGUAGCCAUGACAAGAGCAAAGAACUUGUUGUAUUGUAAUUUGUCCAAACAAGAACGUGGAGUACCUGUAGUUGUCAAUCCUUCUUGGAUUUAUAACACUGCAAGAGAUUUAAAUAGACCUUGUCCUACAAUGAGACAUUUGGUUCAUGGCCAACGUAUUUUUAAAACCAUUCUGUCGGUUAUAUAA